AUUAUUAUUAAGAUUUGGGAUACUUUUGUCUAAAGUUUUGAAACAGUUCGUUGUUGCGUAAAGAUCUUAAUUCAUUCAUUGUUAUGUUCAUAUCUGAAAUAUUUUUAAUACAUAUUACUAAAUAAAAAAUGAUAAAUGAAAAUAUCGACUGAUGUUUCUUCCAUUAAAAUAAUACUUUUACAUUCAUCUAUUUUUAGGCGUAAAAUAUAUCAUUUAAUGAUUCUACUCCAUUUCAUAUAACACACUAGGCUAAUAAUAAAUAACAAUGAAUUCUGUUGACCAAAAUUCAUUUCUUAAUAGAUCUAAAUAUCGUCUUAGAAAAAAUAGAACAUUACUGUAACUUACUUGUUUCUCUAUCUCCUUGAUCUCCUAGAUCACAGAUAAUGUAAAAAACCUUCGACAAAUUUGAAAUCUUAUCAAUUUUAUCGGUAUAUUGAUUGAUAUGCCAAUGAAAAUUUGGGCUAUUGGUGACACAUCAAUGACUAAACUUAUUAGUAAGUUUUAUUCUUGCAGCAUGUCAUCGUCGAAAGACAAUAGUUUAAAACCUUCAUAUAAAUUUCAAUAUUCUAACGAUGAUUUUUCGUUAUAUGAAGAUGAAAAUACGUCGCAAAAUUCGCUUCCAAGAGCAUCAAAUGCAUUUUGGGAUAUUUUUAAAUAUUUCCCAAUAAAAAAGGAAAGUGCAUCUAUGCAAAAUAAAAAAUGGUUGGAUAUUUCUAUGCAAAUUAUUAAAGUAUUUGUAUAUGGUAUAUUUUUCUGUAUUGUCCUUUGCAUUGGUUUAAUCUCUAAAUUUGUAGUCAUUUUUGCUCUAUCACAGCUUAAAGACGAAAAGUCUAUACAGUUCUGUGAUUAUUAUUCAGAAUAUCAAGAAGAACUGGAAGCAAGGAUUUCCAAAAAGGGCAAAAUAAUUUGGACAUGGAAAGAAAAAUUGCCUGCAAAAGAAUCUAUUAUAAUUCUUUUUGUUUUGGAAACAAUUCAGUCAAUUGGUGUUGCAUCAUUAAUUUUCUAUAGUCUUCCACAGCUUAAUUCUGUGGAUGUUGCUGCAAUCUGUAGUUGUAUUUGUUUUAUUCCUACCAUUUUAAAUUUAUUUAUACAAUAUCACAAAUACAUAAGAGCAACUAAGAUAUUUAUAGUAGUUCUAGCAUCCAAUGUUUUAGCAGUAAUUGCUCAAGGUUCAGGAACAGUUUUAUAUUCCUUUCUGAAUUAUAUACAAGAUCCUCUAACAUGGAUUCUUCCUAUGUCACUUCUGUUAUCUUCUUCUCGUUGGUGGUAUAAUUAUGUGACACACAAUAGUUAUUGCGGUUUCAUAAAUUUAUUAGCAAAAAAUAAGAUAGAUUUAUCAAAUAAUUGCAAUGUAUUACAAGGAUAUAUAGCAUUAUGGAGAUGUUUAAUUUUUAUUUCAAGUACUAUAGUGAUUUCAACUUUUAAAGAAAUCCAUAUACAAGAAUUUUUUGAAUUUUUGGGACAGAAUGAAUAUAACAUAGAAUUAAUUAAACUAUCAAAUAAAGAUAAUAUUAUAGUUACUAUUAUAGAUACUACUUCUGCACCCCUGUAUACCUUUUUAUUACAAAUAUUUUGUGCUUUUGUCAUAUAUCAAGUAGCAAUAAUUGCAUAUAAAACUCAAAUGCAUAAGUUUGGCUUUGCCCUACCAAUAAGUUUAAUUACUCCAGGGACAAUCUUAUUAAUAAUGAUAUUUUGUGUAUCAAGAGAAGAAGAUUCAUGUGCAUUUCAUAAUUUAAUACCAAAUUAUUUAUUCUUAAAUACACCUAAAUAUAAUAGUAUGACAGAGUUUCUUUUAAAUUGGCGUAUCUGGUGCUGGAUAAUAUGGUGGUUAUCGCAGAUUUGGAUUACAGCACAAAUCUGGUUAGGUGAAAAGGGAAGACUUGCACCUAUAGAGAAAAUUUUCUAUCAUUCUAGUUAUGAUGCAUUCCUAAUUGAUCAAUUCUUAGGAUUAAAUAAGAGGAGACAUGAAAAUUAUCAUGUUGUUGAAGAAGUAAAAGAAUCUUCAGACUCUAUUACAGAAUUUGAGAGUAGCAAUUCAAACCAAAUAUGUGAUUUUAGUAAUCCUAAUUCAACACUUUCUCAAAACACUAUAAGUAACAAAAGAAAUGCUUAUGUUCCUGUAAUUUAUGUUUGUGCAACUAUGUGGCAUGAAAAUAAAAAAGAAAUGAACGAAUUGAUUGGAAGUAUUUUAAGAUUAGAUAAAGAUCACUGUGCCAUGAAAGUUACACAGAAGUAUUAUAAAAUUUAUAUUAAUGACUACUAUGAACUUGAAACACAUGUAAUGUUUGAUGAUGCAUUUUGUUGUAUGCAUGGUUGUAUUGGAUCUUGUGAUCAUAAAGAAAGCGAAACAUGCAUAAAUGAAUAUGUAGCAACAUUUGUGGAAUCAGUGCAGGAAAACAUAAAAAAUCUUGGUAUACUUGAUUUACCACCAACUAAAUAUCCAACUCCUUAUGGUGGUCAACUAGUUUGGAAUUUACCAGGAAAAACACGUUUAACAGUACAUCUUAAAGAUAAAAAUAAAAUCAGACACAGAAAACGAUGGAGUCAGGUCAUGUAUAUGUAUUAUCUUCUUGGUUAUUGUUUCAUGAACUCAUCAACGGAUUUUGAUACUAAAGAAUUAAUAGCAGAAAAUACUUAUAUUCUAACACUAGAUGGAGAUGUUGAUUUUCGACCAACAGCUGUUAAAGCAUUGCUAGAUUUGAUGAACAAAAAUAAGGAAUUAGGUGCAGCUUGUGGAAGAAUACAUCCCAUAGGAAAAGGUCCCAUGAUUUGGUUGCAGAAAUUUGAAUAUGCUAUUGGGCAUUGGCUUCAGAAGUCAACAGAACACACAAUAGGCUCUGUUCUUUGCAGUCCAGGUUGCUUUUCUCUGUUUAGAGCAAAAGCUUUAAUGCAACAUAAUGUUAUAGCUAAAUAUGCAAUAAGGUCAACUGAACCAAAACAUUAUAUUCAGUAUGAUCAAGGAGAAGAUCGAUGGCUUUGUACACUAAUUUUACAAGCUGGUUGUAAAGUGGAAUAUUGUGCAGCUAGUGACGCUUAUACACAUGCUCCAGAAUCAUUUGAAGAGUUUUAUAUUCAACGUCGGCGAUGGAUUCCAUCAACCAUGGCUAACAUUUUUGAUUUACUAAGUACAUCAAGGGAAACCAGAAAACUAAAUAAUGAUAUUUCAUGGCCUUAUGUAACUUACCAAUGGAUUUUAACAGGUAGUACAAUUAUAGGGCCAUCUUUCAUUUACUUAAUGAUGGUUGGGGCAUUUGUAACUUCCUUUGAAUUAAAUAAUUGGAUAAGUUUCUGGUGUAAUUCAAUUCCAAUUGUCAUUUUUGUCUUAAUCAGUUUUUUUGGUGAUGUACACAAACAGCUUAUAGCAGCAGAAACUAUCUCUGUCUUAUAUGGUGUAGUAAUGAUGGUUGUAUUAGUUGGCAUAGUAUUACAAAUAGCAGCAGAUGGAUUCUUUGCACCCAAUGCUCUUUUAUUUCUUAUUGUAAUCGGUCAGUUCGUUGCAACCGGCUUUUUGCAUCCUCAGGAACUAUCAUGUUUACCUUACGCAAUCAUUUAUUAUAUUACUGUGCCAUCUAUGUACAUGUUACUCAUCAUUUUCUCUAUCUUCAAUCUACAUAAUAUUACAUGGGGGACCAGAGAAACCAAAUUGCACAGACAAGCAUUAGAACAACAAAAUAGGAAGCUAAAGAAAUCUGAACAAGAGGGAACUGUUACUAAUAAAUGCACAAAAUCUUUUUUACACAAUUUGUAUAAAUGUAGAUUUUAUACUCAUAAAAAUUCGAAGAAAUCAGAAGAAUACUUAGAAUUUAUCUACAAUUCUAUAAAUGAAAUUAAUAUUCGCUUAAAGCACAUAGAAAGUACCUUAGAGCUCAAUAAUAUAUUAAAAGAUAAUAUAGAAGAAAAAAGCAACAAUCAAAGUAAAAUAUACGAUGAAGUAAAAUUAGAAGUGUCUGAACAUUUAAACACAAAUACAGAUACAGAAACAGAAUCAGAAAUUUCAGAAUGCACCUUUACUAAUAACAAUCAAGAAGAUCCAAAUUACGUAAUAAAUCCUUAUUGGAUACAAGAUGAACAUUUGAAAAAUGGAAAAAUAGAUUUUCUAUCAUAUGCAGAAGAAGAAUUUUGGAGGCAAUUAAUUAAAAAAUAUUUAUAUCCUAUUGAAAUUGAUGUGGAAAGGCAGCAAAAAAUUUCAGAGGGGUUAAUAGAUAUACGUAAUAAAUGUCUUUUCAAAUUUUUUAUGAUAAAUAUAUUAUUUAUAGUGGCAAUAUUCUUGUUGCAAAUAAACAAAGAUAUUUUGCAUGUCCAAUGGCCAUUUGCUAUUAAAUAUAACAUUACUUUUAUUAAUGACACACAUGAAAUACAUAUACUCAGAAACUAUAUGCAUUUGGAACCAAUUGGAUGUCUUUUUAUUGUUGCAUUUGUUUUCAUUUUGUUCAUCCAAUUCUUAGCUAUGUUAAGUCAUAGAUUCACUACGUUUAUCCAUGUUCUUGCUAAUGUGAAAUUGAGUUUAGCAUGUUUUAACAAGAAAGAAAAUUUGCCAAAUGAAUUAGUUACUAGUACACAUGCAAAAAAUAUAGCUGAUGGUCUCCAAAGUACAGUAGAAUAUCAAACAAUACAUAAUAAUAGAUCUGAAACCUCUUCAAGAAAACAUAAAACUGUUAGAGAAUUGGCAGAAGAAUCUCAAAAUCCUUUAAAGCGACCUUCCAACUUUGAAGUACUUUUCAAUACAAAAUUAAGGAACCCUGAUAUAUCUGGAUUUAGAAAAACAAUAUCUUUAAGCAUACCAAAAGGUGUACUAGAAGCAUUUGAACAACAUCGUUCAAAUAUUUUAGCAGAACAUGAGUUGCAGUCUCAAAAUAAUGCAGCUAAUGAGAAAGAAAUGCACCCAAAAAAUAAAAAUUCAAGAAGGCAUGUAUAUGAUAACCCAACAUUUUUAAAUGACAAUAAUGAAUAAAUUUAAUUGAUAGUAUAUAUAUGAUUU